AUGAAGACCUUGUUCAUGUCUCAAGAGGUAUGGGAAAUUGUUCAAAACAGGUAUCAUGAAGUUGAAGAUACAUCAACUCUAGAACAAUCCCAAAAGGAUACACUCAAGGAGAGUAGGAAGAAGAAUGCUAAAGCAUCCAUGUACAUUCAACAAGAAGUUGGAGACACUAUUCUACCAAGAGUAAUUCACUUUCCUAAAGCUAAAGAAGCUUGGGACAUUCUUCAAAAGGAGUAUGGUGGAAACAAGAAGGUAAGAGAGUUGAAACUUCAGUCAUAUAUAAGAGAUUUUGAAAAUCUUAAAAUGAAAGAUAAUGAAAAAGUAAAUGAGUUUUCUUCUAGAGUUAUUGAAAUUGUUAAACAAAUAUUGAUGUGUGGUGAAAAGUUAGACGAAAAAAGAAUUUGUGAGAAGAUUUUAAAUUGCUUAGUGGAAAAAUUUGAACCCAUUGUGGCUGUUUUGGAAGCAACAAAAGUUUUCUCUACAUUGGAGUCACAAGAGUUAUGGGCUCAAUUAAUAGUGUGUGAAGAAAGGGUGUCUCGACAUGCCGAGAAGUCGAUUGAGAAUGUUUUUCAAUCGAAAAUGAACUUGGCCUCUAAAAAUUCAGCAAUGAAGAGAAAUGAAUACAAGGGUGAUUCUUCAUCAAACUACAAAGGAAAGGGAAAAUACAAUAGAGAAGGAGCAAGUUCUAACAACCACAAAAGGGUGAACCACCGAAGAGAAAUUUUUGCAAGAAGAAUUGUCACUUGGAGAAGAAUUGUUGGAGCAAAGGAAAACCUCAAUGUCAACAUUGCAAGAAGUAUGGACAUUUGGAGAAGGAUUGUAGAAACAAAGAUGAUGAAGAACAAGCCGGUAGAGCGGAAGAAAGGGAAGAAAAACAAAAAAAAAAUUAUGCUUGUCAAAGUGCUAUGGAGACUUCCAAGAGUGAAGUAUGGAUUGUAG